CGUAUGGCGCACAUCGAUGCGACGCUCCGACACGCUACGGCCUCACGGGGAAGAAGAAGCGGAGAGUACUGACAGAAAGGCCGUGUGGAAAUGGCUGCAGCGGCCGCGGGAGCACCGAUGGCCUCGAGCUCAGGCUUGGAUUUGGGGAAGAUCGUGCCUCCCGCCGGCUUCCGCCGCGCCGUCCCCAGCGCCGCCGCUCUCCGUGGGAGGAGCGCAAGCGGGAGCCGCGGCCUUGCCUUCUCGGUCCCGUCCUCUAAUGGUGCAGCCGCACAGUCAUCGUUGAGCGACUCAGAGAAGAAAGGCCCUGUGGUCAUGGAGAUCCCAUUGGAAGAUAUCCGGAGGCCGCUAAUGCGAACUCGUGCCAAUGAUCCUUCCAAGGUGCAGGAGCUCAUGGACAGCAUCCGUGUCAUCGGUCUACAAGUACCUAUCGAUGUGCUGGAGGUUGACGGAGUCUAUUAUGGUUUCUCUGGAUGCCACCGCUAUGAGGCUCACCAGCGACUAGGCCUCCCGACCAUCCGCUGCAAAGUCCGUCGAGGGACAAAGGAGACACUGAGGCACCAUAUGCGAUGAAUUGGAUGGCAGUGAUGAACUGAUGAUCCAUGGACUACCUUAGCCAGGAAGAGUUCUCUCUGUGUAUGUGUGUCUAGUGCUAAAAAUCCCUUCUGCUGCUGUAAAUCAUCUAUACUAGUAAAUGUUUACCAAACAAAUGUUUCAUGCUGCUUAUGCAAUUGGAAAGCUGUUUAGAGCAGACGCUCAGCAAAGCAUCUUAUUGCCCCCUGAA